UUUCAGGAUCCAGAUAUUGAAAGGUCGGGCUCCUCUUCAUUGUUACCUUAAGAACAGUAGGUAAUUUUAAACUUGGAACUCGACUUAUUGUUCCGAAGCUUAAUUUGGGGCAACUUCACCCAUUUACCAGACUUAACCAUCUGUUAAGGAUAUUCAACCAUUCUUAUGUGUGAAUGGAUCAAAGAGGACCCAAUAGAACGGUUGGAUCUCUGAAGUCUACUUCUUCUCUUGUUGAACUAGCCAGCAGCACAGGACAUCGUAUUACUCAUCCACCAUUUACGAAAGGUGCAUCGACCGAAACAUAUACAACCACCAGAUCGGGAGAUGGUUUGCCUCUACGUACUUCUUACCACCAACUACUACCAACAUCUCCAGAGUAUUCAGCAAGCAUAUCAUCAAACCCUUCUCGCUCCUCAUUUCUGUCACGUCAAGUAUCCUUUGAUCAAGGAGGAGAAGGUCGCCUUUCUUCAACGCAGGUCAAACAACGCUUAAAAGCUUACUUGCUUAAUCGUCGUCGUGGUCGUGUUUUAAGUAACAGACAUUGUAGAACAGAUGGCAAAUUACCUGGUUCAUCGCAAAAUCCCUUUACAGAAUCAGACUUCGAUGAAAAUUUAGAACAUUCAGGAAGUGAUACAGGUCAACAUGGAAUCUCUCAUAUAGUUGAUCACUGGCAUAGUGCAGAUUCACCUUCUUUCAGUGAGUGGGAUUUAGGUGAUGAAAAUUUACUUGUACAUCAGCAUCAUUCACUAGAUUUGGAUUUGCAGAGAAAAUUAGCAGAUUUCAGUGCGUCCAUAAAACCUACGUGUCUUUCAUCGAAUUUAGAACAUAUUUCUCAUUCAUCAUCACUUUCCCAAUCUAGUAAUGUACCGUCUUUCAAUUCUGUAAAUAUUAAAGAGUUAAACAAAGAACGUGGGGAUAUUGGUAUUGUUCGUGGUAGCACUGUUGCUAGUGAGCGAGAAUCGGACUCUGGAGAACUAACAAAAUCCAAUCAAUUUUUAGAACAACUAAAUUAUCACUUAGUCUCUAAAUAUAAUGGUCGUUUAACAAAUGAACAAAUACAAACAAUGAUUGCAUUACUUAGAAUAAUUAGUCAGUUUAGACGACAAAUAAAAAGGACGUCAUCUCAACCAAUAAAUUUGGAAGAGAAGUUUGGAAAUGACACAGAUUCUUAUCAUCAAUCACAAAGAGUUCAUUAUCGUGAAGGUGAUUCAAGGCACCUUGAAGAAUACCUUCCUUUCUCCGAAAUCGGUGCAAAUGUGAAUUAUCAUGAAGCAUUGUCAGCACUUGUAAAACUUUGCCAGGAAGCUUCAUCUUCAAUUCCAGUUCAGUCAAAUAUUGUUGAAUCUCGGCAUAGAAAUCCAGUAAAUAAAUCUCAUUCUUUGUGUCAAAUGGAUUGGGAGAGUCAAUUAUCACCAAACUGUACUAAAUCCAACUUGGUUUACAAUUCAGUGUUGAAUCCACUUACUCAACAAAAUAUAUCCACAGAUAUAGAUGAUGGUUGUGGAGGUAAUGACAGGAAGUGUGAUGAUGAUGACGUCGAUAAUGCUACAUCCUCUAAUCCUAUUGUCAAUAGCGCCAAAAAUAAGUAUGACAAUAAUUUGUCAAAAAUAUAUCAAUCUCAUAAAUUAGCAUCAGAUAUUUGGUCUGCUCUACCCGAAAGUGAUUGGCUUUCUCAGAGUUAUCAUGCAGACAUGAAAACAACUUGUUAUCCCAACAUCCCAAAUCACAGUUUAGUAACUGCCAUCGCCUUUGAUCCGGAGAUGCUUGAACAUAAAUGUCUUUGUCCCAAUGCUCAUGAUUCAAGUAUUCAUCCUGAAUGUCCAGAUCGCCUAACUCCUGCUUUAGAACGCCUUGUUCGUACACCCCUUUGUAUACCUCCACAUAUGUCGUCGUAUGCAUCAAACAAUUUAAUUGAAAGUUUUAAAUAUACUGCCUUGUAUGAUAUGCCUGUUCUACAGCAUGAUUUCAGUCAAUUUUUACAAAAUCAUGCAGAUAUUUCAGAAGCUUUAAUUACACAUUUGCCUUUACUGGCAUUUUGUCGUUUAGUUCGUGCACGAAUGGCAACAAAGAAUGAAUUACAAAUAUUCCAUUCAAAUGAAUAUGUUCAAACAUUUGGCACUAUUCCCACUGUUUCAAAUGAUGAUCGACCGUCUUCAAAAUGUUCAAAUGAAUCUACAUCAUUAUCAACUGUAUCUUGUGGAUCUACAACUAUUGAUCGUGGAUUAUCAGUAUUUAAUUCAUGUACCACGACAAGUUUAUCAAAUCAGUUAUGUUCAUUAGCUUGUGGUGGUGUUGGUGUAGAUUCAGAUACAGUUUGGAAUCCGUGUAGAACAGCUCGUGCUGCUCGUUUAGCUGUUGGUCAAGUUUUAUGCCUUGCUCAUCAGGUAGCGAAACGUCAUUUCCGUAAUGGAUUCGCUAUUGUUCGCCCACCUGGUCAUCAUGCUGAACCAGAUCAAGCUAUGGGAUUUUGUUAUUUCAAUUCUGUUGCAAUUGCUGCAUUGCAUUUAUUACGUGAGCGUAUUGUUUCAAAAGUUUUAAUUCUUGAUUGGGACAUUCAUCAUGGCAAUGGAACUAAGCUGGCUACAACACAUCCUGGAUUAGUUUAUUUAAGCUUGCAUAGAUAUGAUGGUGGGACUUUUUUUCCUGGUACUGGUUCAGUAUCUAAUUGUACAGAAGAGAAUCAAUCCUCACAAAGUAAUUCUUGUGAUAGUGAUCACACCUCUACUAAUCCUGUUACUGUAUCAGUUUCUGAUAGUAACAUUUCCUCAGAAAAAUUCAAUCAUUUCGAUGAUCAUAGUGCAAACUAUAUGGCGAAUAUAAAUUACAAUAAUAAAUUUGCCAAUGAUAUUUCCAAUACGAUAAUUCCAUCAGCUCAGUUAAUAAAUAUUGCAUGGGAAAAUCCACACAAUGGUACAAAUGAUAAUAAUUAUACUGAAAUAAUUAGAUCACAAAUGAAACGUCGAUCAACAACGACAUCCACUGUUAGUCCUUAUAGUUUAAAUGCUGAUGAAAGAAGGAAACGAUGGUUUCAAAAUGUUGCUAAUCGAUCGGAACAGGAUAAACAAAAGUUGUGCAAAACUAUUGGUUCAUCUGAUCAUCAUCACCAGUAUCCGAGUUACUCAAAUCAAUGUAAUUCUGAACAACACAAUUCUUUAUCAUCCUCUUCAACAUCUUUACCAUUUCAACGUUCUAUAUCGAUAAGAAAUAGGCAAAAUUCUGAUCUUACACCAUUUUGUACCUGUCUAUCUAAUAAAGCAACAAGCACUGAAAGUAGCCAAGUUUGUUCAUUCUGUUUAUCACAAUCAAUUGAAUCAUGCUCAGAUAAAUCAGAUCUAUUAUUAUCUGAAACUAAUCCAGUUAAUUGUCAACCUUAUCAUCCAUAUUCACAUUUUCAACAAUAUCCUAUACAUCACCAACCAUUAGUAUCGAAUGCAUAUAAUCAUCAUCAACAUCAUAAUCAACCACUGUCAUCUAGUACUUGGAAAGAACCUUUAUUAGGUUUAAGUGAUGCAGAGUAUUUAGCUGCAAUGCGUUCUGUUGUUAUACCAGUCGGACAUGAAUUUCAACCAGAUAUUAUAUUGAUUUCAGCUGGUUAUGACGCUGCUUAUGGACACGGUGAAGCAUUAGGCGGUUAUUCUGUAUCAUCUGGUUUAUUUGCAUGGAUUACGCAUCAGUGUAUGUCUAUAUCAAACAGUCGUAUAGUUUUAGCACUGGAAGGUGGUUAUUCUCCCUCAACUGUAGCUGAUUGUAUUGCAUCUUGUGUAAAUGCAUUAUUACUCCCAGCUUCACAAUCACACUGGAUUCCCGUACUGAAUAAUGAACAACCAAAUAAAUGUGUAAAUAUUGAUGGCGCUCAAGAAGCAUGGAUGAAUGCUGUAUACUGGAUACCAAAUUCUGAAUUAAUUCGUCCACCUAGACCUGAAGCUGUUGUUAAUUUAAUGACCACAAUUCGACAUCAUGCUAAAACUGGAUGGAAAUGUUUUACAAAUGUAUCAGAAGAAAAUGUUGCAAUGUCAUUUUCUGAAGCUAUUCACAUGGAGCAUCAAUUAGUUGAAAUGAAUAAAUCAACUGAAUUCAGUUCAAUGAAAAGUAGAAAAUUGAGUGAUAGUAGUAUUCCAUCAUCAAUUGAAGCGCAAAUUAUAUCAACAACAUCUUCUUCUUCAACAACAGUUACAACAGCAGCUUAUCGAUUUAGUAAUUCACAUUUAUCGGAUUAUAUGGCUAAAUUACAUAUGGAUCAAUCUUAAACAUUAUCGAUGUCUAUUCUCUAUUCAUUUAUGAUUAUUUUAUUUACUAUUAAUCUCUAUUGUAUUUGCCACAACAAAGAAAAUUCAUAAUGUACAUUACUGUGAUUGUUUGUAUUUAUUACCGUUAUAAUCUGAUAUAUUACUAUUAUUAUUAUAAAUGAGUAGUAAAUUAAAAAAAGAUGUCUGUUAUUUGAUAUGUAACCCUAGUCAAUAGAUUUUUUGUUACUCUUGUAUACAAACCUAAUUAACAAGUUAAUUAAUUAUAUUUGUGCAUGUUUACACGUAUCUAUGCAUCAAUUUAAGUAUCUUUAUCUUUCAGUUCUUAUUCAAUUAAUUUUUCAUCAAUUUUCUUUCUUUUUUUAUUAUUAAUUCAAUUUUAUUAUCUUAUUGGCCUCUUUUUUCUUUUCUAUAAAAUAAUCUAUUUCUCUCUUCUCUAUUUGUUUAUUUUUACAUAUAUACAUAUCCAUACAUGUUGUUAUGAGAUUUAUAUUAAAUUAACAUUUUGCAUCUGUAAAUAUCUACACACCUUAUUUUUUUGUGUGGAGUAUUCCCCAAGUGUUCGAGCUUGUGACGGGGUGGUGGUGUAAGAGUGGAAUUAUGAAGAAUGUGUAAUCCAUUUAUUCUCAUUUAUUAUGAACUUCAUUCACUUGAAAGAAUAUACAUCAUGUUAUCUCUCUCUCUUUCUCUCGUUGAAUGUAUUUAUGUGUUUAUAUAUUUAUUCAUAUAAAUGUUAAAUGAUUGUUUUAUUACUUUUUGUUUUCUUUCCGGUUUUGAUCAUUGCACUCCAAUUUCAAAGAGCAUAGUAAUUUCGUCAUUUAAAAUGGAUUUAUUGUAAUUUUAUGUAUUUGCUAAUAACUAAUAAACAGUUAUAUAUAUAUAUAUAUAUAUAUA